AUGCCACUCGACGCUAUCGACAAAACCCCGCCGGAUGAACUUACUUACCUCGCUCUCGAAGAUUUGCUGAAGAGCUUGGGCAGCAAGGACAUAUCAAGAAGGGAUCUCAACUUGAGAAUUAAAUACCGCCAAGACCCAUAUACCAAGGCUCUUAUCACACAGUACGGUCUUAAAUGGGUUGCAUCAGGGGCCCGCCGGUUGCUGCUUGCAGACGUAUUCAAGCAUAAGGUAAUUGCGGAAGAUAAGUUCUCGAAGACAAUCUACUUCACCGAUCUCGAGUCAGAAUCGGAAGAAGGCCAAGCCAGCGGUUCUGCUGGCGGUAAAGCGGCCAGGAAUCGGCCACAAUCAGGGUGGCCUGGAACCCUGCAGGGUGAAUUUGCAAGUGACCAUGUGAAAGCGCAGGGCAUCAUUUCCAAGAUGUGGCAGGCGAUAAGAAAGGAGGCGAGAGUGCUGAUGCAGGACACUAUGGCCAGGUUCGAGGAACAUACAAAAAGCAUGGAGCCAAUCAGGCUCAGGAAAGACGUCCUUGAUGCUCGAGAGAAAAAACAGUUGACCAGCUCCCAAAGGGAUGCUCUAGCUUCCAAGAGAGAGGUUGUGCUGGCUGCGGGGGAUGCACUCAUAAAACAGGCUCAGCAAGACUACCACGAGCUGAGCCUCGCUGCCGGAAGGGCGAUGGAGCAGGCCGUAUCCGAGCGGGGAAUCAUCUUGGGGACUCUCGGUGUCCGAAUCUCACCACCGAACGUCCCCACCAACGCCGCGGGCCCCCAUGAAGAUGAGGUGGUAAAUAUACGCGCUGACGCUUCAGAGCUGCUUUCCUUACGUACAGAGGACGUGGAGAACGACGUCGGCGGCUCCCACAAAGAAGUAGAGGGCGCUCAAGAGGACGAGGGGUCAAAUGUCCAGCCCUCUGAAAGCACAGCGGGCGUCAAAGGCAAACACAAGAAGGAAGAGCCUCACGAGAAGAAGAUACAGAUGCCCGAGCAGAAGCAGGAUGUUGAGGAGGGAGGGAUACCGCUGAGGAGACAGGGAGAGUCGCGGUGGGGGACACAGGGAGCGUCGUCGGUAGGAAGACAAGUAGAGUCGUCGACGAGAAGACAGGGAGAGUCGCCUUGGGGAAGACAGGGAGAGCCGUCAGCGAGAGGAAAGGUAACGCUGAUGCCGAGAGCGGAGUGGAGGCCUAUGUUGGAAGAAAUAGAUACGGGUUAUCAGGCGGGACGGGAAGGCGCCCCUCCUAAGAGAUAUGCGUCUUUGUACAGAAAGAAAGCGCAAGUGGUCCCCGAGGAGGAGCAGAAACUUGACUCUGCCAACGGGUCGCAGAAUGGAACAGGUUCCCACACGAAGAAGAAUGAGAAAGGCCCCCGGACGAAGAAGAAGUGGUCUCCUUUGGAGAUCUAG